AUGUCGGUCAAAACUAAAAACUCAAAAAUAUUUCCAUAUGAAUGUCGAAUAUGUGGUGCCCCUGCUGAAUAUUCAUUUUUUGGUGUUAUUUCAUGUUAUGCAUGUAAAAUGUUCUUUAAACGAAAUGCUAAUGUUGGACAAGCAACAUUCAUAUGUAAUUUUAAUAAUCAAUGUCAAAUGAAUCGAUAUAAUCGUCAUAUGUGUUCAGCAUGUCGACUUGUUAAAUGUUUUAAAUCUGGAAUGAAAACUGAAAAAUUUCGAGCAUCAAGAAAGUCUAAAUCAACAAUAAAUACUUUAUGUAAAAUACAAGUACAACAUCAAUCAGAUAGGCUUCCAACAUUAAAUCUUUUACAAUCAGAUCAAUCAUUAUUAACUAUUGAUCAAUGGACACUUCUUACAAAUUUAUAUCAUUGUUAUAAUGAAUCUCAAAUUUUACCAUUUACUCAACGUUUAGUAGAUAAAUACGAUAGUUCAGAAUCCAAUUAUAUGAUUUACAAAGUAUUUGUAGAAGAAUUUUUAGUAUCAAUUUAUGAAACAGCAGGUACAUAUCUUCGUUCAAAUGAUGAUCUUCGUAAAUUAUCAUCGGAUGAUCGUUCUAUAAUACUUCGUACUGCUGCUGAUAAUGUAUGCUGUAUGAGUGGUACAUUUAUUAUGCAAUAUUCUUAUUUAUAUGGUCUUGAUGCUUUCUUGAAUGCUAUGAUUGUCAAAUAUGGAAAACAAGUAACAUGGAAAUAUCUUCUUUAUAAACAUGGUUAUUAUGAUGCUGUGAAACGAUAUCUUAAUAUAAUUCUUUGGCUUACAUCUAUGAGUAUUUUAACAUUUCAUGCUCAAACUCUUAAAGCACAUAUUAAUGAUGUUUAUUCAAUAAUUGAACAAACUGAAUUAACACUUAUAUUAGAUGAUGUUGAUCAAAUAAUUGAAACAAAACAAUAA